AUGGCCGGGAGGAAGGCGCGUAAGAACGUGCAACCAAGCCCCGCGCGCACUGAGCUGGAAGAGGAGUGUGCUGCUCAGCUCAGGAGACUGGGAGACAAACUGAAUUUCCGGCAGAAACUUCUGAAUCUGAUAACCAAAUUCUUCUGCUCAGGAACCUGA